AUGGGAAAUGGCAUGAACAAGGUUCUCCCUGGACUUUACCUUGGGAACUUCAUAGAUGCCAAAGAUUUGGAGCAACUGAGCAGGAAUAAGAUCACUCACAUUAUUUCAAUCCAUGAAUCUCCCCAGCCACUACUGCAGGAAAUGACUUAUCUUCGCAUUCCUCUGCCAGAUACACCUGAGGCCAACAUCAAGAAGCACUUUAAAGAAUGUAUCAGUUUUAUCCACUACUGUCGCCUGCAUGGAGGGAACUGCCUUGUUCACUGCCUUGCGGGGAUCUCCCGGAGCACCACCAUUGUUGUCGCCUAUGUCAUGGCCGUGACGGAGCUAAGCUGGCAAGAGGUAUUGCAGGCGGUAAGAGCAGUGCGACCGAUUGCCAAUCCCAACCCCGGCUUCAAGCAGCAGCUGGAGGAGUUCGGUCACGGCCCUGCACGAAAGAUUCACAGACACUUGGAGCAGAGAUAUGGAGCCGACACUUUCAAUGACGAGGAGGAGAUAAGGCUCCUGCUUCCAGCAGAUGGAGAAGGCACAUCCAGGACAGAUGGACCCCUGCAGGGACUGGUGCCAAGGAGCAGAGACAUCAAGAACACAGUCCCCUUUCUGCUGCGAGUGAAGCAGACGUUCUCCUGCAUCCCCACCUGUUUGAAGUGA